AUGUCGAAAGGUGCUGCGCGUGUUACUUUUGAUGUGAAUUGGGAAUGUGGCUGGUUUCCUGAAUGCAAUGCACCUUGUCAAAGUCCAUGCAAUAAUCCAGACCAUAAACAUAAAAAGUGUGCUGCCUAUGGUCGACAUGAAUUGAAGGAUUGUGUUCAUGGUAAAUGGGGUUUUUAUUACAGUCCAGAUGGUCAAAUUCAAACAUGGGGAGGUAUUCAUCGACACAAUCCAAAUGGAUGUGCUAUGGUAUACUUACUCAUCUACAAUCAAGAUAAACAGCAAAUCCUUUUCGAUUUGAAUAAAAGGACCGAGUAUAAUUUACCAAGCUACCGUCGUCAUAAGUAUAAACCUGAUGAUUUACAUGAAGUCGCCACAAAUUUUUUUUUUGAACUAUUUUCGACCAACAAUAAAAAUGUUUUGCUGCCAUCCGUACUCAAUCGUUUCAUAUUUGCAGAUUCGUCAGUAAUCUAUCCUGUCUGCGUAAACAACGAAUGUGCAUCACAAAUUCUUUUUAAAAACGGACGGAAAUGGUUCGAUCGGCGAGAUGUUGAAAGAGCUAUGGAAUUCAUUACUCUCGAAUGGGAACGGAAACCUGAUAAACAAAGUUAUGGAUAUGUAGUCAAGGAUAGAGGAGCACAACUAGCACGACGGCCAGUGUUUUCAUUAGCAGCACUCGUUCUACGAUGGCUCAUAGUAAAGCAAGAUAAUGAAUCGGUAACGACUUCCAGAGCAACUUCUCCUGUUCCCUCCAUCCCUCCAUCGAUAUCUGAAUCCAUUUUGACUGCUACGUCGGGUUACGCUUCUGCCACUCCAUCUCUCUUUGGUUUUAGUAUUCACGAUGAGCCGGAAGACCAUGUUAAUUUCGAUGAAUUUAUUGGAAGUGAAAUAUCUUUUGAAAUUGUUAAUUUUCUUCCAAAAGAAGAUGAAACAAUCGUUCAUAUAGAUGAAUCAAGUACACAACUAGGUAAGUUAUACUUUAUGAGAUUGAAUAUGAUUGUAUUCGUGUAUGACAUUUUGCUUUCGCUGAUCUUCAUAUACUCUCAUAACAGUUUGUCUAUUGCAGUUAAUCAUUAUAUUUUUCUUAGUGUCCAAUACAACUUUUUCAGUGUCAGAAGUUAAAAAGAAUAUUAUUAUCGUAUGUUAUGGUAUCGAACAUCUCGAUCUAAAAAUCUUUUCAACGUAUGAUAUAAAAACUAUUAAUGAUCCAUUUGAAUUUAUUGCUAACACAUUAUCUAUCAAGGAUAAAUUCAUAUAUUUGAUUAUCUCAACA